AUGGCAAAGAAAAUGGUUGAAGCCUUAGAUUUGCUUCUAAAAGAUUUAAUGGAGACAAAUAUGCUCUUUGGUGGAAAAAUGGUUGUAUUCAAUGGUGAUUUUAGACAAAUUCUACCUCUGUCGCCCGUAGUGGAAAAAGAGAAGAUCUUAUCCGUGAAAGCUUAUUGUGCUCUGAAAUUUGGAAUCAACUUGAAAGAUUGCGAUUAUCAGAGAAUAUGCGAGCGAAAACUGACCCGGUCUUUUGAUUCUUUGAAUAUUUUGUUUAGAGUUACUUAUCCUGAUUUGUUUACAUCUAAUUCUAAUGUUUCUUUUAUUAUUUCUCGUGCUAUUCUAACACCAAAGAAUGACUUUGUUGAUGAAAUAAAUGACAUGUUGAUUACUCAAUUUCCGACUGACGCGAAAGUCUAUGUUGCUACUGAUUAA